AUGAAACUUGCUAAAGUCUUCGAUCCCACUUGUGAUCGUCAACUGAUUGCCGUAUCAAAAAUUGACAAAUUUGAUAAGGGCAUAGCCGAGAAACUGCAAGGCAUAGGUGCCGGUGCAAUGAAACUCAAACUGGGUUGUGUCGCUAUUUUGAAUCGAAAUCAAGAUGAAAUUGAUCAAAACAUUACAUUCGAAGAAAUGAAAAAGCGCGAAGCACAAUUUUUCAUCGAACAUCAUGAACAUUUUGGUCAUUUGCUGCCAGAAUUCAAAGGUAGUGCACAGCUCGUCAAGCGUCUCGCUCGUAUUCAACAAGAACGAAUCCGGUCGACGUUUCCUCAAAUCAUCAAUAAGUUAAAACAAGAAAUUCAGGAGAAAAAACAACAACUCAAAGCCAUGCCUAUAGCACUUCUAUCUGAACAAGACUGUUUGGUCGAAUUUCAUCAUAUGACGGCUGCUCUACACAACAGUAUCAAUGCGAAAAUCAACGGUGACUAUGAUCCAACAACUCAUGAUAUUACUGGUUUUGAUGUUAACAAACAAGCAGCUGAUAUGUUAUUAUUAGAUGAUAGUUUUGCUUCAAUUAUUACAGGUGUUGAAGAAGGUUAUUUAUUAUUUGAGAAUUUAAAAAAAUCAAUUGCAUAUACAUUAACAUCGAAUAUUCCUCAAAUAAUUCCAUUUUUAAUCUAUCUAGUGACAGAUACUCCACUCGCUUUAGGCACCAUAACUAUUUUUUGUAUUGAUUUGAGUACAGAUAUCAUUCCAGCAAUAACAUUGGCUAUAAAUAAACUUGAAAAAUUAAACGAAAAUCAUAUUAAAUGA